GACCCAAACGAGAGCCCGCUGAUCAGUGCCAUCAUGUUCGGCGCAGGCAUCUUUGGUAACGUCACGGCACUGGUGAUCCUGGAAAUCCGACGACGCAGAGACUCCAGAGCUAAGAACCUGCAUCGCACCGGAUUGUUUCACAUCCUCAUCAUAUCGCUGGUGGUCACGGACCUGGCUGGGACCUGCCUGAUCAGUCCGGUUGUGCAGCUGUCGUAUGCUUGGAACAUGACUUUUGUUGAGAUGAUGCCUAUAGGUAACGGCACCAGCAGUGUUUGUCAUUACUUUGGUGUCAGCAUGACCUUCUUCACUCUGGCCACCAUGUCACUUCUCCUGGCUAUGGCACUAGACAGAUGCUUUGCCAUAGGGUACCCCUACCUGUACAGCCGGCAUGUCACCAAAAAAUGGGUUUAUAUCACAAUCCCAGUGAUGUUUUUCACAUUUACAUUAUUCUGUCUGCUCCCAUUUGCGGGAUUCGGUAGGUAUGUACAAUACUGCCCUGGCACAUGGUGCUUUAUUGACAUGAACCCAGACGGGAAGGAGGAUCGUGCCUAUGCUAACAUAUAUGCCACUAUUAUGCUGGUCCUAGUACUCACCAUUGUGGUGUGUAAUGGCUUUGUGAUGUACCAUCUCUACAAGAUGUACAAACGCAGGAACCGACACAGGUCUAUGAUGGUGCCCACGAGGUCCAACAGCGAGCGCAGGACCAUGUCCAUGGCUACGGAGGUGGAGCACCUGAUCAUGCUGGUCUUCAUGACCAUCAUCUUCAUCAUCUGCACGCUGCCGCUGGUGAUCCGGGUGUACAUCAACUCCAUAACGACCGAUCUUCAAUACGAGUCUCAUUCGCUGGACCUGCAGACCCUCCGCUUCAUCUCCGCGAACCCCAUCAUCGACCCCUGGGUGUUCAUCAUCCUCUCCCCCGGCGUGCUGCACUUUGUCAGGCGCUCCUUGAAGGUCCCCCUGGGGAGCGUCAGAAGUUCCGUGCGCAGAUCUUCACUCGCCAGAGAAAUCAAACCCGCGCGACAAGAGCUGUCCUGCCCGACGCUGUGCAAGGAGUUUUACUCGGAGGACAACCUAUGA